AGCGCAGCCGCAAUUGCAGCAUUUAUGCCAUUACGGGCUACAGUGCACUCGUACAGGAUGGCCCUGCGAGUUAGAGCAUCGCUUAUAGCGAGACAGCUGCGUUCCAGGCCAGCAUCACACUGCACCACCAGACACGCGACGCCGUCGCGGAGGCAUGCGUUGUCGCUGCCGCCCGGCUGCAGCUACCACGCCGACUUCCUCACGGUUGACGAGCAGGACGCGCUCGUCGAGGCCAUCAAGGCGCGGCUCAAGGGCACCGGCUACGAACGGGAUCACUGGGAUGCAGUUAUCGACCGCUAUAGAGAAAGGGAGAUGCUGUCCGUCGACGACGACCUGGCCGAGGCCGCGGUCGAGAAGGUGCGCGCGUUUUUGAGAAGCGAGCAGGGCGUCACGAGCUUCCUGCCGCCGCACUGCAUCGACCUCGCCGCGGACGGCGGCGUCAUACGCCCGCACAUUGAUUCGAUCAAGUUCUCGGGGCGCGUCGUGGCGGGUGUGUCGUUGGUGUCGGCGGCGACGAUGGUGCUCGCCGAGGCCGACCCGGCGACGGGCGAGCCGCGGCCCGGCGCGCGAGAGAGCGAGCUGAGGUUAGAGCCGGGCUCGCUCUACGUCCUCGCGGACGAGAGUCGCUACGAUUAUGCGCACGCGAUCGCGCCCGAGGGAAGAAGGUUGUCGCUCAUUUUGAGGGAUGCGCCGGAGGACUUCGAGCAGCGGAGCUUGUAGUGUUAUUUGUGUUUAAGAAUCAGUUAUACAAGCAGUGUGGGAUAGGUAUGAAUUUC